GGGCAGGGACGAUUGCAGAGACCGUUUCAAGCAGGUGAUCUUCCCCCUCUCACUCUACAGCCAGGACUCUGAAGAGUUAAGUGCAUCUUUUUGUUCUCCCGUCUCCAGAUCGGCUGAAUCGGAGGUCCGCUCCCCACCCCUCCUUCUCUCCGUCGGGAUGCUAAACAGAGAGCGCCGGCUCGCCCCUCCGCCUUGGGCCGCCUCGGAUCGCGGCAGAGUCGGCGAGAGGCUCCAGGCAGCCGCGGCAGGUCUGCAGGAACUCGAGCUUCUGAAGGAGCGGCAGAGGGAGCUGGUCAUGAGGGCGCUGGGGACCGAGGCUGCCCCGGCGCAGGUAGGCGCCGAGGAACAGCGGCUGGAAGCCACCCUCAGCGCCUUGAAGGAACAAUUGUCACACCUACGAAAACAAGAUGUUGGGUUGAAGGUUCACCUGCAGCACCUGGACCGACAAAUUAAUGAGCUGAAACUGGACGUCAGCAAGGCGUCCUCAGAGCAACUGGAGGCCGACAGCAGGCCAAGUUCAGGGUUUUACGAGCUGAGCGACACGGGCUCCUGCAACUCCAUGUGCAGCGAUUCGCCCUGGUCCUCGCAGGGCAGCUUGGUGUACCGCGGCCAGCCGGGGCAGGGCAAGGGGAGCCGACCGCAGUCGGCCGAUGAGAUCACCGUGCGGAUGGCAGGCCUCGUCCCCCAGGGCAGGCGACCUGGCAGAGGGAUCAAGACUACGGCUGAUCCAGUGCCUCCCUUGAACUUCGGGAGGCUGGGAUUUGCCAGGCCCAGACCGGUUUCCACAGGUGACUUGGAGCGACUUCUACCUCUGCAGGAGUGUAGAUCUUCUGAGCAAAAGGAUGUCCGGACUGAUAACGUAUUGGACUGGAAGUUUUGUUGCAACCUGGUUUCCAAGAACGGCGGCGAUGUCUACAAUUACCCCAGCCCCCUCCAUGCAGUGGCUCUACAGAGCCCUCUGUUUAGCCUCUCUGGCAGGGUACUUGGAGUGGAAGAUCAGUACUGCCUGCCAGGCACGGCACUGACUUGCCUGGAGAGCAAACUAGUCCCCACUGGCUGUUUCAGUAAUCAAACCGAGAGAGCCCAGCUCAGCAGGGCUGGGAGUCCGAAUGCCGUGUGUGAGGGGAUGUUAGCAGGUCCCAGUGAGGCCCAGAAACAUGUCUGCGUCUAUAACAAAAUCAGGGGGAAGCUUGAGAAGAUGCCAGUGCAGUGCUGGGGGGACAGUGGGCUCCAAGGGAAAACACCUGCCAAAGCUAAUCUGAGCCACAGGGAGCUAACUGGCAGUGCAGAUAUCUCAGCCCCGAAUGGUCGGCUGGGAGGGGAUUCUGAGGUGGCUUGUGGGUACUGGCAGCUCAGGCCGGCGGUUAAAGGUUUGUUUACCUCAGCCUCCUGUUUGGGGCUACGAGUGGCUCAUGGAGCAAGUUCCUCCUCAAGCCUGCCCAGGGCUCAAGGGUCAGGCUCCUGCUUAGGCCUAUCCACCAACCAGGGAGCAGGCAACUGCUUGGGCGUACCCACUACCCAAGGAGCAGGCUCUAGAUAUGGCCUAGUUGAUUUGUCCAUCAGCAACGGGGCUCCUGGCUUGCCUGGUGCCGACAUUUCACAUAGGGUGGGCCGGAACAGGCAGUGUGGCGUGACUUGGGACGGCUUUGUCCAGGCCCGUUUUGUGGGCCCUGAGUCCCAGCUGCGACUGCCAAGGUGUCCCCCCAGUGGCAAGGCCAAGGUGACCAGGAUCAAAAGGAGGGGCAGUGGAGUGGGGCCGGAGGCUGUCCUCAGAGCCGCAACAGAGGGGAAUCGACCUGGCAAACGUGGCGGCCAGCUGCAGUGCUCCCCCCCUACCUGUGUAGGCAGGGAGCCGGCGAUGAGGCCUAGCCCACCCCCUGUGGACCGGGUGGCUUCGGGGCUCCGGCCCGCUCCACAGCGCCGGGUCGGGAGGAGACACUCUGGGAGUCGUGGGGCCUGUGCCAGGCGGCGGCGGGAGCCGGGGAGCCGCCUCUCCGGCUUCAGCGACUCGGAGCAGUCUGACCGCGGCUCCCCCUCCCGCUCUGCCGUGGCCAGCAGCCGCAGCAGUGAGAAUGAGUGCAGCGACCACACGGCCGACCGCUUUGGCGAUGCUGAGUCGAGCGGCAGCGACUGCGGGCAACCGGCACCCCGAACCGGGGACCGCGGCCGCCGCUCGGAGGCCAGGAUAUGCCGGAUAAAGGCCUCCCGUGCCCUAAAGAAAAAGAUCCGGAAAUUUCAACCUGAGGCUUUAAAGGUUAUGACCACUGUGUGAGGAGAUCUCACGCUGGGCACUGUUGUGUAGCUAACAAAAGAAAUUGCCCUUCAGAUGCAGGGGAAAUCCAGUCACGGACUGUGUUUGAACUCUGCUGCAGCACGAGACCCUUUGCCAGAGACUGUUCCUGGUCCCAUGUAUGAUAACUAUUGUUGCUUUUCCAAUUGCUGUGAUGUGCAUUGUAGAACAAGGUGAAUAAAAUUGCUCUUUGAA